AUGGAUGUACCCAAUACCGGAGCGAUAUUUACACUGGGAAAAUCCCAUUUAGCUGAAAACACCCAAAGCUAUUUUUACAUUAAAAAUGAUCCCAUUAAAAGGCUAAUAGCAGGACCACACCAAAGUGCAGUAAUUUGCGAAUCUGGACGUUUAUUUGUUUGGGGAGAGAAUCACUAUGGUCAGCUUGGCAUUGGUAGUCACAGUGCGGCUAAUGUUAAUCGAAACAGCAGUCAUAUCACUAAUAAUAAUAGCGGCGAUGUCAUUAUCAAGCCCACUUGUGUCAAAUCUCUAAAAUUAUUGGGCCUAAAAAUAGCUGAUUUAGCUUUUGGAACGGAUUGGUCCGCUAUAUUAACCUAUUCUAAUGAAAUUUUCUUUACGGGUCGUAACAUAUUUACUAAGCCAAGUGCAGUUUCAUCGAACUCUUCUAGUCUAAAAGGUUUACGUAUUAUUUCGCAAAGAUCUCCAUUAACUGUUGCUUCGGUAAAGUUCGAUGACUGUUUGUCUAACAAUGAAGAAACUGAAAACUUUAUAAACAUUUUAGCAGGAAAUGAACAUUUCAUGGUAUUGACAUCGUACGGACGAUUAAUAGGCUGGGGUUCAAAUAAAUCCUAUCAAUUGGGUCUUUCAAAUCGCGAAUCGAUAUUAAAGCCCCAGGAAAUUAUCUUAGAAUCGCCAGUACAAAAAUUUACCUGUGGCCCGGAAUCGACAAUGGUGUUAACACAAAAUGGAAAUCUAUAUUUAACGGGCCAUCUAAACGAUUUUGUGUUUCCACAAUUUACAGAAUUGCAAAAAAACCUCUCAUCCAAUGAGCAAAUAAUAUAUAUGCAUAUAUCUAAGUGCAGCGAUGUAUUUAUUGUCACAAAUGCCGGUAGUAUUUACCGUAGCUUCGAAUCGGUUCGAGCUAAAAGCUUAAUAUUUCAACGAUUCUACGAUUACGACAGUGAGGAAAAUGGACCGAUUUGGAAGAUACUCAAGGGGACAUCAUUUUAUGCAGUGCUAACAAAAGCCAAUAAAUUCUAUACAACAUUUUCAGAAAGUGGCCAUCAUUUGAAGACAUUUAGGGAAAUAUCAAAAUUUAAAAAUUUACGUUUGGUGGAUAUGACUUUAGGAGAUCGGCAUAUAUUGGUGCAUGGUAUACCAAGAUCGUCGACUAUGUUCGCUACAAUAAGUUCAGAUUAUCAACAAAAAUAUAUGGCACAAAAUUUCGCAGCACCAAUAACUGCAACAAAUUUAAUGACUGCUAAUAGCGUAGCAAAUGAGAUCACCAAUAAUAGGGAGGAAAGCAUUAAUGAAAUUAGCAAGCAAGCGGAUAAAAGGAAAGCAAUUUCAAAACCAAGUACGCCAGCAAAUAACCACAUAUUAACAGAUAUCAAGGAAAAUAAUAAUAACAACUUCAACUACGAGGAUAUAGAGAACAUUUAUUCAGCUAAAAAUGGUAAUUAUCAAGAGGAAUACUCGCAUGCACAUAGCAAAUAUUCUCCAACCGGUUCUGUAGAAUCGUGUAAAAGUGUCUGUUCAACGAAAACUUUAAAGAAAAUAACGUCCGCAGAAAGACUUUUGCGUCCUCGAACUCCUUAUCCUGAUAGUAACGCUAGCGAUUCACCUCAAAGUAUAAUUCGGAAAACACCUUUGCGAACUUUAUCAUACGAAGCAGCGAUGAAUGAAGACUGUCUGGAACAUACUUCACCAGCUUUAGUCGAAAGCUUGGAAAAUAUAAAAGAAGCAACAGCUACAAAUGCGGUGCAAUCGUCGGCGCCUAAUGUUAAUAUAUCCAUGGCCACACCACCCACCGAAGAUGAUGACAAACUUACUGUUGAAAUUAGUGAGAGCACAGAUCCUUUAGAUCAUGCCAUGGUAGUAAAUGAAAUACGCUUCAUUAAUAACGGCAUCGAUGUAACGUCCAAGGUGAAAAAGCAAGUUUACUUAGUAGAAUUUGAAAACAAACCCACUAAUGAUGAAAGCAAAGAUGAUACUGAGAAUUUUGAGAUCCGAAAACAAGCAGAAAUCUUGAUUAAUGAUUUGGAAAACAAAAUCGAACAAAGAUUUGAAGAAGGCAAAGAAUUGAAGAAAGAAAUUGGGACCGUAACUAAAGAAACGGCGGAACACGUUGACCUUGAAGCUGUCGAAGAUAAGGUUAAAACGGAUCUAAAAGCGGAGGAAGCUAAAUUAUCUUUGGAGGCAAUGGCUAAUAGAGCAGCGUCCGAAGUUCGAAGCGGAAUUGAUAAGGUAACCGAAACCUCUAAGAAAAAAGCUGAAGAAGCUCUCCAAUCUGUGGAGGAUAUGGGUAAUAGCGCAGCAAAAGUUACUGAAGAAGGUUUCCAGGCCUUAGAACAAGUCGGCCGCAAUGCGGUCAAAGCAACCAGCGAGGCAAAAGAUGCCAUGGGUUCUGCGUUAAAGAAGGCAGCCGAUGGCACACGUCAAGCGGUUGGAAGUGUUACCUCUAAAAUAUCCACCGAAGUGCAAGAUGCCAAGAACACUUUAAGCUCUUUGCUAUUAGGGAAGAGAAAUAAGGUGGAUAUCGAAAGACCCCAAAAAGAUUUUCAAUUUGAAGAGGAAGAGAAAGUGAAAACUGAAUUGCAAGUUGCAGUAACGGAAAAUCAAAACAAAUCAAAUAACAGCCAGUUAACAACGAACUCAAUAAAUGGCCAUGAGGAUGAUGAACGUACAACAGCUUCUGCAAAUUCUACCCAUCCUUCAGCAAACAAUCCAUUCGAAACCAACCCUUUUGAUAAUGAAGUUGAAGAUGCGUCAGUUAAAGAUAAAACAACGUUACGAGAGGAAGUAAAUACUAUUAGCCCGACAGCAGAAGCGCACUCGGAGCAAAUAAUUGAUCAGGAAAACAAGCAAAAAAGUAAACUUUCUCAAUUUUUCCACGAUAUAAAAGAGCGAUCCAGAAAUAUUUCUUGUCGCAAUGAGAAAUCAACGCGCAUAGAGGACGAUCAACCGCCACGUUAUACGGAAGAAGAUGAGUUAGCUUUGCAACCAAUCAAUGGGCAGAGAGCUGGUAGUUCCAAAGUUUGCACAAUUUUAUAAUUUCAAGAAAU